GAGUUUUCCCUCGAGUAUCCCGGAGUCGCCAUGCGGCAAUCGUCACGGAUCCGCUAACCGUCGGACGCUUACGCCGCCGACCGAGACAUACGAUCUAUCGAUAUUCGACGCUAUAAUAAUAUUAUGAUUUAUUGAACGAUAAAAACGUAGUAUAACAUUAUAWUUUAUAGCUCGUCACGUACUCUAUCGAAUUAUUUACAAUUUUUUUUUUUACCAUUAUAUAUUAUCAUGUUAAAUGUAAUGUUUUUUUGUUAAGAUUUUUUUAGUGAAUUUUUUUCCUACUUCUCUUAAAAUUUUCGUUUUUUUUUUCUUCUACUCUAAUGUCGUCUUGAAUCUCGUUCUCGCGGACUGCACGGAACGCUAUUUAUUUACCGGCCGUUGUAAUUUUUAUGGAAGUCAACGAAAGCGCUGAAGUUCGGUCUACCGGCACGCCGCCAACCAACGGUGGUAACGGCGGGGGCAACUGUUGCGGCUCGUCCCCUGCGGUCGGCGCUUUGGCGGAACAUUCUUCCGGCACGAAGAUCCUCAGCAAGAAUUCGAAUGGCACAAUGAUCAUGACAUCCAGUCCUAGUAACGAAGCUGAAUUGCAAUUGUACAGGGUAAUGCAGAGAGCUAGUCUUUUAGCGUAUUACGACACACUACUCGAGAUGGGAGGUGAUGACUUGCAACAGCUUUGUGACGCCGGUGAAGAGGAAUUUCUUGAAAUAAUGGCUCUGGUCGGUAUGGCUUCAAAACCAUUACACGUUAGACGGUUGCAGAAAGCUUUGCACGAAUGGGUCAGCAACCCAACCAUGUUCCAAGCACCACUGACGUCUCCUGUCGCUARCAGUGGUUCCAGUGCCAUCGCUCUGCCACCGAACCCGGUGCGACCGUUUCUCAGCGUCUGCCCGAACCCGCUAAUUCAGACAUCUAUACACCACGGUUACUAUACACCACUGGGAUAUGGAUACCAGCCGCCCACGUCACCGUCACCCGUACCCAGCUCAACCAACCAACUACCACAGGUUGCGCAAACGAGUGAAGCGACAACUUCGGCUGGCCAACACUAUGGUGAUAGUAACAGCCCUGGCCAAAGUCCAGGAUCGCCGUUGCAGCUGUCUCCGUCACUGGACGAAUCACAAAUCGCCCGGUUGGCUACAUCGGCCAAGCAACUAGUGCAAAGGCUACCGCAGUACCAACCCAAGGCACAAACAGCGAAACGGAAGGCGAACAAAGAACUCGAAUGCGUCAUGAACAUGCCGGAAGAAGAUCCGAGGCGCAUAGAAUCCAUUAGGAAGUAUUCUGCUAUUUACGGACGRUUUGAUUGCAAAAGAAAACCAGAAAAACCAUUAACAUUGCACGAGGUGUCCGUAAACGAGGCUGCCGCACAGAUAUGCAAAUUAGUGCCUGUUCUGUUGACUAGACGAGAUGAAUUGUUCCCUUUAGCCCGACAAGUAGUCCGUGACUCGGGAUACCAUUACUCUAAAGGGCAUUCCAAGUCAAGCAUGCUGCAGAGUUUUGGAGGGUUGACUUCAAAUGGCGACUGUAGUUACGGGUCGAAGAGGCUCCGUCUGGACGAUAACGUCGAGCUACUAAAAAUUCGGCGACAGGAACGUUUAGAUCAGAUCGCUGACGAACUGAAGGCAGUCAACGAUCGCCGAGAGGAGCUGGACCAGAGCAGUCAAGAUGACCAGACGGUUCAACAACAGUUAGAAACCCUUAAGAAUCGCCAAGCUCAGCUGUUGGUGGAACAGAACGACCUGCGGCAAAACAAGUCGAUGAUGCGAAGGGACAGGAGCGGCGGCAGAACAUCGUCAUCGGUCGGUUUCGACACUGACGACACGGACUCUCAAAUGUCGUACAGCAAUACUAGUUCUCCAUUACAGGACGUUAGCGACUCUAGGGAUUCAAUGACUCGCUGCAGCAUCGACUACCACCACGACGGAAAACUAUCACAGAAUACCGGUAAUCAGAAUAACUCGUCUCACGGCGAUACAGAUGACACGGACGAAGAUGACGGAGAACCUCAGCGCCGCCGCCACAUCAUUCACAGUCCAUCUGCGCAUAUAAACGGCAACAGACAUCUAGUUGAUCGGUUUUUCAACGACAAAAUCCAGAUAAUAUCGUCGAGUGGCGGCAACAUAAUCGCCGUUACCAAUCCAGCGCUGUUGAUGUCCGCUGCGACCACGACGACCACACCAACGCCGCCAAUGAAAAUUGAGCCAGUUUCACCGACGCGAGACGACGACUGAUGAAGUGCCGACACCUGUGGCUGACCCGAGGAAGUCUUCGAUUUUCUUCAUUGUUGUUACUAUAGUUAUUAUUAUUUAUUAUCGUUUUCUGUUGGUCGUAUUUAGAAUUUAUUUUUUCUCAGUUAUUUAAUCAUAAUCAUAAUAAUAAUAAUAUAAAACCGUAUUACCCAUUUCUUAGUGCGAAAAUWAGCAUAAAAUACGAUCAUGUUCCUAUAUACAAAUGUUGUAAUAAUAAUAUUAUAUUAUGCGUUAGCUUUAUAUAAACUAACAUAGUUGGCCGUUAAAUCAAAAGUAUUGAAAUCAUGACUACUUACGAGCCCGAGAUACCAAUAUAUUAUUUGAAUGUAUAAUUUUAUUAAUUAAAAUAUUAUUAUAAUAAUAUUAUGUUGUAUUA